GUUGGCUGGUACCCGCAGCUUACUGAUCACGGACCAUUGAGGUCCUUUAUUUUUGUGUUCCCGACCUCUCUCUCUUUCUCUCUCUCUCUCUCUCUCUCUCUCUAUCUCCAGCGCUAUAUGAAAGAGUGCAAGCAUGCUCAGUUGGGCUGCUACUAAUAAAACAUUCUUUAGUCGAAUCCCGCUUUCUGUCAAUAUCAUAUCAUAAGAACAACAGACAGCAGCAUCGCAGCAGCUACAAGGGCCUAGUCCAUCCACUGCAAAAUGCGAACUUCCUAAAAGAGUAAUUUAUAUUCAAAAAGAAAGAUGCCUUCAUUUAGACUUCUCUCCCAUUACUCUCACACUUUUAAAAUCGCUGCUCUUUUUCUUUUGUUUCCUUUUCUCCCUUCUGCUCUUUUUCUUUCUCUUCGACCUUGGACCGUUGGAACCGCUCAUCCAACCACACCCAUCUUGCUCAAACCUCCGCACUCCGUCUCGCUAUUCAAUCGCUCUUGCAACCCCCUAUUCAUUUGUCGCAAGACUCAAGGCACAAGCGACUCAAAGUCGGUAGAGCCUGCUACACCUGUCGUGCCAAAAAGAUCAAGGUAAUGCUGCCGAUUCAAGCAAUUCCAGAUCAAUUCCUCGAAUUUAGCUGCAAUCUGUUCGUUGCAACGGGCUUUCUUUUUCAUACAUC